AUGCCGAAAGCAACAAACUCUACAAUCCUCUCUUUGGUACCAAAGUUCACAGGAGCAUCAAGGAUUACCGACUACCGUCCUAUCUCUUGCCUCAAUACCAUCUACAAAGUAAUCUCUAGGCUGUUGGUGAGACGUCUGAAACUGAUUCUCCAUGGGUUAAUCGUUCCGAAUCAAACUGCAUUUGUAGAAGGGAGGUUAUUAUUGGAGAAUACGGUCCUGGCUAGUGAAUUGGUAAAUGGUUAUCAUAAGAAUAAAAGUUCUAAGAAGAUUACCCUGAAGGUGGAUAUCGCUAAAGCCUUUGACACUUUAUCUUGGGAUUUUUUACUCUCUGCAUUGGAAAGCUUCAAUCUGCCAUUACCGUUUCUAAACCUCCUCAAAGCCUGGAAGCGCGCUCCGAGAGUUCUCCAAAUCCUCCAUGAGUUUGAGCUGCGGUCUGGUCUUGCAGUCAGUAUGCAGAAGUCAAGUUUUUUCUCCUCGGGUCUUUCAGAGCAUGAAAUUACUGCCAUUGAAGUGUCAACGGGGAUGCAGAACAGCUCCCUACCAAUGCGCUAUCUUGGGGUUCCAAUGUGUACAAAGAAGCUUAAUCUGCUAAACUGUGAGCCGCUACUACAGCAAAUCAAAGCACGUCUCUCCUCAUGGUCUGCGAAGUCUCUUUCCUUUGCUGGGAGGUUGCUGUUGAUUAAAACAGUUAUCACAGGCAUCACUACCUUCUGGUGCUCCUCCUUCAUGCUGCCAACAGCAUGUAUAAAAAGGAUCAACUCUUUGUGUGGAAUUUUCCUGUGGCAUGGAACAGCAGAAGGCCACCAUUCUGCAAGAGUUUCUUGGGAGACAGUUACACUUACCAAAGCGCAAGGUGGACUGGGUGUAAAGGACUUAUUAUCUUGGAACAGAGCCUGUAUUUUGAAGCUCAUAUGGCUCCUUUUCUUUAGACCCGACUCGGUGUGGGUUUGUUGGUUCAAAGAAGUGGUCCUCAAAGGCUCCCUUACUAACUACUGGACUGUCAAGCCGAGUGUGAAGUACUCCUGGUUAGCAAACAAACUGAUCAAAUCACGGGACCUAGUGUAUCCUCUGAUAAAAAGGAGGAUUGGAAAUGGACUCACAGCCAGCUUCUGGCACGAUAACUGGUCUCCGUUUGGAAACCUCACAACUUUCCUCGCUGCUUCCACUAGAAGACUAGGUAUUUCUAAGAAUGCGACAGUGGGCUCCCUUUUUAGUGACGAUCGGUGGCUGCUACCACCUGCAAGGACAUAA